AGGGGAGUGGAAGGACUGUGACAACGACCGCUCCAAUGCCGACGACCUCAUUCACGAUGUCAACGAUCUCUACAACGAGUGGAACGGCCUCACGGCCUAAAGUCAACCAGAUGCGAUACGAAAAGUCUCAUGAGCAAUGAAAAAUGCGAAAGCAAUAAUAAUAGUCUAUUUGUUGUGCUUUUUUAAAGGCGAAUGUUUCGAGUGGCUUUACUAUUUACCAGACUGCGUCAAGGAAGGAAGUUUUAGCAGCAGUGCACUUAAUGUAAUACGUCCGAUGGCUGAGCCGGAUGCGAGAUGUAGGAUCAGACAUCAAGUAGCAUACCUUAACAUCUACCAGCCACCGUUGAACGGGCCAAAAGCUACCUGCCUACGCAGCAAGCUGAAAACGCUGAAACGCUGAACCCCCCAACGCCAUCAGACAUGCAGAAAUGGAAAGACCACGGAAACUGGCUCAACAUAUCUCUCUACCAUUAUUUCCUUCCACACCAAGCCAG